UAACAGGAAGAUGUUCCCUGAAGCAGAAGAAAAUGAUGUUGGUGACGAUGACCCUUGCCAAAGGGCACCCGUCCUCGCCACCUGUGGUGGACACCGUGCAUGGCAAAGUGCUGGGGAAGUUCGUCAGCUUAGAAGGAUUUGCACAGCCUGUGGCCGUUUUCCUCGGAAUCCCUUUUGCCAAGCCCCCUCUUGGACCCCUGAGGUUUGCUCCACCGCAGCCUGCAGAGCCAUGGAGCUUCGUGAAGAAUGCCACCUCUUACCCUCCUAUAUGUUCCCAGGAUCCCAAGGCGGGGCAGUCUAUCUCAGACCUAUUGACCAACCGAAAGGAGAACAUUCCUCUCAAGGUUUCCGAAGACUGUCUUUACCUCAAUAUUUACACUCCUGCUGACUUGACCAAGAAAAGCAGGCUUCCGGUGAUGGUGUGGAUCCACGGAGGGGGGCUGGUGGUGGGUGCAGCAUCAACCUAUGAUGGGCUGGCCCUUGCUGCCCAUGAAAACGUGGUGGUGGUGACCAUUCAAUACCGCCUGGGCAUCUGGGGAUUCUUCAGCACAGGGGAUGAACACAGCCGAGGGAACUGGGGUCACCUGGACCAGCUGGCUGCCCUGCACUGGGUCCAGGACAACAUUGCCAGCUUUGGAGGGAACCCAGGCUCUGUGACCAUCUUUGGAGAGUCAGCAGGAGGAGAAAGUGUCUCUGUUCUUGUUUUGUCUCCAUUGGCAAAGAAUCUCUUCCACCGGGCCAUUUCUGAGAGUGGCGUGGCCCUCACUGCUGUUCUGGUGAAGAAAGGUGAUGUCAAGCCCUUGGCUGAGAAAAUUGCUAUCGCUGCUGGGUGUCAAACCAUCACCUCAGCUGUCAUGGUUCACUGCCUGCGACAGAAGACGGAAGAGGAGCUCUUGGAGACGACAUUGAAAAUGAAAUUCUUCUCUCUGGAUUUACAUGGAGACCCCAGAGAG